AUGGCGAGCCCAGAUAACUACCACCAGUCUCCAUGGGGUGCCAACGGGACGGCAUUCGGAACGCAUCCCCUAAUUGUUGGCGACACCGCCCUCGAGUUCUGGCUGUCGUUCCUGGGAUUCUCCGUCAUCUUCUUCAUCAUUCCAAUCUUGCUCUGGUGCGCGUACGUUCGCCUCCGAAACAACACCCGCAUCAAGAAUGACGAAUUAUGUGGCAAGGAAGACUCUUGUCACAGCACCCACCUCAGAGCGAUGGACCUUUGGAUGCUCUUCGCCUUUAUCGUCCUCGGCCCUGUGGUGGUAGCCGCUGCGAUUAUUUCCGUCAUCAUUGUUAUCCCACACCGGCUGUUCACGGGUCUCACGCGAAGAGGUAACAUCAAGGCAAGAUUCCACAGGUAG